CUCUUUUAUUCUUUCUGCCUUUGGUCGACUGACUUUCGCUAGAUUUAGAAAAGAGUUUUGCGUUGUCUCCGGUUUUUUUUUUGUUGAUUUCCUCUCUCCUCAACCAUGGCGAUUGACGAACAACUGCUGAUGCAAGUGGCUCAGGCGCAGCAUACGCAACGCAAGAACGUCUCGGUUGAAGUGGUCCAGCAACUUGCCAAGGGAAAGAUUCCUUCGAUGGACGAUGUCCGGUUUGCGGCAACCAAGUUGAAUGCAUCCAUUGAGACGCACCGUGGCGAGGUCGAGUCCAAGUCUGGCCGCAAGAUGCUCGCGGAUUUGGAGCGCCUGCUCACGACAGCCACGAGCCUCCUCGACGCGCACGACUUGCAGCAGGAGCUCAAGAAGCUCACCACUCACAUCCGCGAAUCGGUGGAUGCUGUCGGCGGCAUCAAGGGCUUCAGCAACGAGGUCGAAGGCGAGGUCGAUCUGGAACGCGAAGCUGAAGAGGCCGAGGCGAUUGCUCGUGGUGUAGGUCAGGAAGACCGCGAAAAGAUGAAGCGCCAGCGCGCCCAGUUCCGCGCCCUGUCCAAGAGCUUCCGUGUGUUUGGUGGCCUGUUGUUCCGCUCUGCAGACUUCCGCCGCGGAGUGACCACCUUGGCCAAGGCCGUGAUUGAGGCGCUGACUGCGAAAGACCUGGACACUUUGAACAUGGACUCUUGGAACUCGUCGCUGGAAGUCUCGGGGGGCAAGGGCAAAGCGAGGGCGUAUACCGUCGAGGAGCCCGACGAUCAGCCAGCUAGCACCUCACGCAUGGCUGGCGGAGUUCAGGACUCGGACAUGAGCGACGAGCUGAGACUGGAGGGCAAGGACCGCGCGGCGAUUCGCGCCUUGUCGACCCCAGGCGGUGCAAGCAGCAAGCGCUCGCAUCACUUUUCCUCCACCAUGUCGGACGAGCAGGUCGUGCAGGCUGUCAUGGAGGUCAUGGAGAUGAUUGCGCAGCGUCCCGAGAUGCGCCGUGGCAUUGACGCCUUCUUCCAGAUCUCCGAGCAGGUCUGGGACGACUUUGCCAAGUCCAAGUUCAGCCUUACCACCACGUUUGGUGCGUCGGCGGGCGUGGGCGUUGAAGCCGGUCCCUCGAUGGAAAAGCGCAAGACCGAGCUGUCCAAGCACUUGCACAAGGUGCGCGCCGACCUUCUGAACGUGUUUGCGUGCCUGGCGCGCGGCCGCUCGAUUGAGCAGUUUGCCGCGGCCAUCGAGAGCCUGUCGCAGCGCAUUGCCUCGGACGAGGAUGUCAAAGUUUUGAUCGACAGCAUCAAGUCGCUGCUGGACGUGCUCACGCGCGAUCCUGACAUGUACCGUCGCCCAAACGACGUGCAGUACGCACGCGAGCGCAUUCGCGCAACCCUGACCCGCAUCCGCAUGAUGGGCAACCGCUACCGACAACACCCGACCUUCGAGACGGCAGAGCGCGAGGGCCGUGUGUUGCUCGAUGCGAUUCGCACCAACGAGCGCCUGAUUCACUUGGCGCAGGACGUGUACGCACUAGCCGGCGACUUUGUCUACUCUGAUCGCCACGACAAGACGCACUUUGACCUGACCACCAUCUCGCACAUUCGCAACGUUGUUGCCUCGAUUGUGAUGGACCAGCUGGACUUUUUGCCGCUCCCGGCGAUGAGCGGCUCGUCCAAGAAGAUUGACUGGGCCGUGGACAACCUCACCAUGUCGGCGCGCGACAUUCUGCCCGAGCACAUUCACAUCCAGACGCUCUCGGACACGGACUUGAGCCUGUACUCGCUGUCGACGGCUCCCAACGAGACCAUCAUCAAGGUGGACAUUGUCGGCCUCUAUGCCAAGCUGCGCAACGUGUGCUUUGCCAUCGAGAAGAAGAACUGGCCGCGCAGGAGCGACAGUGGCACGGUGGAUGUUGCCAUUGGCGGCGAGGGCGGUCGCCUGACCCUGUGGCUGCGCACCCUCAAGACCCCCGGCUUGCCUGCGCUGUUCACGGGCGUGACGGUGGACUUUGUGAUCUCGGACCUGACUCUGGCCUUUGGCACGGAUGUCAACCAUCCGCGCAUGCUCGGCAGCCGUGGCGUGCGCCGCCGCAUCCGCCACGCCAUCGAACGCAGCGUGAUUGAGCGCAGCACGGAAAUGAUUGGCGAGUUUUGCGGUGUGCUCAACCGCGCCAUGUUCAGCAUCAGUCGCAAGCUCCGCGAGAAGGCCUCGCAGGACGGCAACGUUGCCGCGGUCUUUGCCACCAAGCUCAUCUCGGGCAAGGCUGCGGCCUCCGUGCCGUUUGAAAUGUUUCGCGCUUCAAAGGUGGAUAACCACGGUGCUCAGCCCUUCAAUCGUGGACCUCUUCCUGUAGAAAAGAUGCUCGAGCGACUCGAGCACAUUCCGCAAAAGCGGGUCACCAUUGACCAGCGGCCGUCCAUCUUUGCCGAACCUGGUCGCGCCACCAUCCAAGCUGACCAGCAGCAGCAGCAGCAGCAGCAGAGCAUUUCGCGUGCACAGUAAAAACCAAUCAAAAGCUUUGUCUUGUUGUUUUUGCGAAAUUGCCAAUUCUUGUUUGUGUGUCGUGCAAAAAUGUGCUUUCGAGCGUUGUUGUGCUUUGCUGUUGCUUUUCAGUGUUUGGGUUCUGAAUGCUAUGAUUGAAAAGUGCUCUCGUGUUUUGAUUUGUGGAGCGAUGGUGUUGCAUUUGGUUGUAGAUUUCUGUGGCUGAAAAACAAAACGCUCUUUCAAAGUUCACCCUUCGCGUCUUUUGAUCAGCAUUGGCAUCCAACCCACUUCCAAUGUAAACUUGCGCUUUUACGAAAUGAUUGCGUCCGUUUUGCAAUUAGCAACUUGAACAAAUCAAUCAAAUUUGAAUCAGAAUUUCCAUUAAAAACGAAA